AUGGCUCCCGCACAAAAAUCAAUUGUUUGGUCUUUCUUCGAAAUAUCGCCGGAUAAACUUUUUGCUACAUGUAAACUAUGUAGCCAAAAAUUAAAAUACUUUACUAGUACGGGAAAUUUAAAAUUGCAUAUUACUAGAAAACAUCCAAUUCAGUACAGUGAACAUCUAAGAAAAGAAAAUCCAUCGGAAACCCCUGAUCAGGAAACAUUAACUGAAGGUACACCUGACAGUCAAACAAUUAAAUCAAAUGAUCAUUCAGUUGCAAAUGAAGCUGAAAUAUUACCAGUUGCUAGCACCUCAUCAACUUGUGAUAAUAUGUCUCUCCGAUUGACGACUUCUGUAAAACGAGUCUCUACCUCUUCUUCAAACCAAAUUACAAAGCAAAGGCGGCAACUAAAACUAUUUGGUGGAAAAAAUUCAAAUGAAUUGUCAGAAGAACAGAAAACGAAAUGCGAUUUAAGUCUUUUAAAGUUAAUCGCAAAAGAUUUCCAACCCCUGUCUAUUGUAGAAAAUUCUGGCUUUUUGGAAUAUAGCAAAACAUUAAAUCCCCUUUAUAAAGUUCCUAGUCGAAAUAUAUUAACAAACAAUCUUCUAUCGACAAAGUAUUUAGAAGAAGUUACAAAAUUAAAAUCUAAACUACAAGAAGUUAAAUACGUUUCGCUAACUACAGAUAUUUGGCAGUCAGAUAGCAAUAUAUCAUAUCUGUCACUAACUUGCCAUUUUGUACAUGAUAUGACAUUACAUUCACGAGUACUAAGUGUAAAUGAAAUGUCUUCUAUUCACCAUACAGGACAAAAUAUUGCUGCUGAUAUAUCCGCCAUUUUGACAGAAUGGGAUCUUGAUGCCAAAAUUGUUACGAUUGUUUCAGACAACGGCGCCAAUGUAAAAAAUGCCAUAACAGUACAUUUACGCAAAUACCAUCAUCCAUGUGUGGCACAUACAUUGAAUCUUAUAUCCAAAGAGGCUCUAAACGAAAAUCCAGAACUAAAAAAAUUAAUAACGAAAUGCAAAAACUUAGUCGCAUAUUUUAAGCAUAGUGCCAUUGCUACCGGAAAAUUAAAAAAAUGCCAAGAAGACAUGGGAGAGCCUAUCCUUAAAGUUAAACAGGCAGUUGAAACAAGAUGGAAUUCAAUCCUUAUAAUGUUGGAACGGCUUUUAUUAAUAAAGAAUCCUUUAUCCGUCGCAAUUGCUAAUUUACCGACAGCUCCAGAUUUUAUAGACGCGGCGGAAUGGAAUAUUAUAUCAGAAUAUGUGCCUCUAUUAAAACCACUGGAAUUAAUGACAACUGAGCUUUCAGGAGAAAAAUAUGUUACAAUGUCAACAGUCAUACCAUUAACAAGAGGACUGCAACUUAGUAUAAGGAAUUUGAAACCCAAUACAGAAAUGGGUCUAUGGUUGCAAUCCAAGUUAUUGGAAACCAUUUCAAAGCGAUUAGGCAUUUUGGAGUCCAAUAAAAUUUGGCCAAAAGCACAUUUCUUGACCCACGCUUUAAGAAAACUGCCUUUGGUCUGGAAGAAAAUGCUAAAAAUGCACAAAUGUGGAUAUUGGACGAGAUUCCUACAAAACUUUGCAUUUCAAAUGCUGAAACAGAAACAGAAACUAACUCAGAAGAGAGUUUUGAGAAUUCGGGACCAUCAGAGAAUUGCGACCUCACAAGUAAUCCAAUGA